AUGGUUGCAAUCAAAAAGCUCGCCGCAGGAGCUGCCGUUCUUUCGACAGCUUUAGCUGACAUUGAUGGAACCACUCUUGUCCAUAAAGACCAGAUUCCUGCUCUCGCAUGUCUGACGCUCAUUGCCAAAUCGGUUAUCUUUACUAAGGCUAAAGAUGGCGGAUACUGUAGCGUGAAAAACCAGCCAGCUUUGGGUACGAUGGCUCAUUGCUUGAUGCUGAUGCCUCACAAAGGUGGUAUCGACUACUUCAUCUACCACACUUGCGCAAAGAAUAACUUGACUGAAGAACAGUUCAUGGAUGCGUACAACAAUGCUACCGACUUGUUGGUGAAGAACGUCACUGCGUACCCAGGCUACAACUUGACCAAGCCAUUCUAUCUUCCAGUGCAAAUGGGUAAGAAGAAGCUUCGUGGUGCUUACGACUCGAUCUUGGGUCGUUGGUACAACUACAACAGAGCUCACAUCUACUCGUGGGUUCUCUUGGCCUACUGGGGCUUUUUGGUUGUUCUUGCUGGCUUGGGCAGAAUCGCCGAGUUCGCCUUCCCAUCGUUUGUUCACUCGCUCAACGGUAAGGUCUCCAACACUUUCCGUAAGUACAUCACUUUGCCAGCCUUGGCGGGCAGAAGACGUACCCAACACGGCACCAUCUUCAAGAUCUUUGACUUUGUUAUUCCAACCAGAUGGGAAAGUAUUAUGAUUUCUAUCUGGCUCAUUUUGUGUUUGUCGUUCAACGUGGCCAACUACCACCAUGACUCCCCCAACGUUUUGUGGAAGCAAAGAAGAAAUGAGAUGGGACGUAAGAUUGCCGACAGAACAGGUAUCAUUUCGCUUUACAUGAUUCCCCAGCUCAUGUUGUUUGCUGGCAGAAACAACUUUUUGCAAUGGAUCUCUGGCUGGACCCAAGCCCGUUUCCUUGUCAUCCACCACUGGUAUGCCAGAGCCGCCUGGCUUAUGAUGGUUCUCCACACCAUUGGUAUGACAUACAACGGAAAAGCUUUGGGCAAGUACGAGACUAGAAACAAGCAGCCAUACGUCAGAUGGGGUUACGUUUCCCUCAUUGCCUCAUGUAUCAUGGUUUUCCACUCUUUGGCUGUGAUGAGAAAGAAAAACUACGAGAUGUUCGUGUUCGCCCACAACCUUCUUGGUGCCAUCUUCGUUGCUGGUGCUUGGCUUCACGUCAAGCCAAAGGAAUUUGGCCAGUACAUGUACGCUGCUGCCGCCGUUUGGUGUUUUGACAAGUUCUGCCGUCUCUGCCGUAUGGCCUGGUUCGGUGUCAAGACUGCCGAUGUGCAAUUGAUUGCUGAUGAAACUUUGAAGGUCAAGAUUCCUCGCCCAUCUUCUUGGAAGCCUGCUCCAUUGCAACACGCCUUCAUCUACUUCUUCAGACCAACUUGCUUCUGGCAAUCGCACCCAUUCACCAUCGUGGACUCUGUUCUCGAGAAGAACACCAUCACCUUCUACAUUAAGGUGAAGGGAGGAAUGACUCACGGCUUGUAUCAAUAUUUGAGCACCCAGCCUGACCAAAGAGCCAACAUCAAAUGUUCUGUUGAGGGUCCUUACGGCCACAGACAACCAUUGCAACACUACUCGUCUGUUUCCUACAUUACUGGAGGAAACGGUAUUCCAGGCUUGUACGCAAGUGCUUUGGAUCUCAGCAGCAAGAAUGCUGGCCAGAAUGUCAAGUUGUACUGGGUGAUUCGUCACUGGAAGUCUGUCGAGUGGUUCUACGAGGAGUUGAAGCGUUUGCAAGGCACCAACGUCCAGCCUAUUGUCUAUGUGACUCAAUUUGACACUCCAUUGGACAAAUGCUUUAUUGAGAAGUUCGAAGACAACACUUCGACCGACGAAAAGAAGCUGGAGGACAGCAACGGCAACCACAUCAACAACUUGAUAGAAAAGUUGUCGUUUGUGGACUUUAGACCUGGCAGACCAAACGUUGAGGAGCUUAUUUUGCAAGACAUCAACGAGUCUAGCGGAGCAAUUGCAUUUGUCGCAUGUGGUCACAGCACUUAUGUUGAUGAAACCAGAAAGGUUGUGGCCAACAACUUGCCUGACGGAAAGCGGGUUGACUUCUUCGACCAGAUCCAGAUCUGGUAA